AUGUCAGGCUGGGUAAGUACGUGGCUGCAGGGCAAGAGCGAGGACGAUGAAGAGAGCAAGAAUGAAGGUAUUGGCUUUGCUACGGGUGGUAGUACACUCUCAGGUGGACAAGUGCCUGCGUCGGCUGAUGAGAUUCGACGAAAGAGGCUGCAGAAAUUACAGGAGCAGCAGAUUCAGACACAACAGACAAUUUCCACCAAUGAGAGCACUGAUAAUACCAAAGUUGACGUAAUAAUGACCAAUCAGGAGACAUUAACACUGCAAACAGACACGAACAAGCAGGUUGAGCUCGCUACGGUUGCUCUUUCUAGACCUGCUGCUGAAGUACGUGCAGAAGCUAGAAAAUCCAAGAAAAAUGGGAUACAGCCGGAAGUUUAUGUGAAUGACGUGCUGCAGCGAGUUUUGCACGUAACGUUGUCCCCAACCAAUAGCAACAGUGAUCUGAUCCUCUUGCCGCAGUUUGCAACCGAAAGUGAAGCUGACAAUGUGCUAUUGAGCCCUUCCAAUGUCAGUGAAGUGCUCUACUCUCGGGUUAUUACAAACCCAGCAGAUCUUCCAGGAGGCUCGCAGCAUCCGCUGGCAGCUGUAGCCUAUCUGGAGCAAGUAUUCUAUUGCUGCCGAGAUGAGAUGCAGAAGCUGCAGUCGUCCUUUGUGCGACUGCCGGUGAAGACGAAACAAGAGACAGAGGAAUGCCUAAGUAGCAUCAGAGAGAUGUGCAUCAAUUAUAGUGCUACAGCCUUAACAGACCCGGACAUCUUCCCUUUUGAAGCGGGGACGAUUAAUGCUGAUGCGCUGGAGAAGAUUGUGAGACUACAGGGUAAUGCACAGACACCAGAAUUUGUCGACAGACUGGUGGCAGAACUAGAAGAAAGUGGUGCAACAUUGACGGUGUUUACGCCCAUAUUCCAGAAAUUGCUGUCGGAGCUGUUCCUGAUUAGUCCACCGUCGCUCAUGUCCAACUUUUAUAACAACAUGUAUGUGCUGAUGGUAUUGUGCCGCAACAAGGCUUUGGCUUCGGUAUUUACGCAGAUUCCUGGCUUUUUGCUGACUCCAGGUCUACCCAUGACGGGUCGACGCCUUCAAGAUGCGACAGCUCUUGGACUGUUGUUGCGCUUUAGUUGCAAUCAAGACCCAGCUAUCACACAAAUGUUCACAAAUAUUACGACACGCACGAAGAACGAUGUGGACAGCUCUGUUCUGACUAUUCGCAAUAAGCUGGAUAGUGUCCAGACGACAGUCUCGGAUAUUGUGACGUUACUACUAAAGGCUGGUGCACCCGCUCGCGAACGAGCAUUGGCGUGGUUGGAACAGGCAAUGCAGCUGAACGCAGAGCGCUCUAAAGAAAACCCAGACGCAAACAUAACAGCAACGAACGGAAUGUUCGUUAAUUUGACAAUGGUGCUGCUGAAGCUGUGUGGCCCUUUUAUGGUUCCAAACUCGAAGAAAGCUCAAUUAAUCAAGAUGAAGUUCUUGGCUGUUCAAAACACGUUGUUCCCACUGGACGAGACGAGGUUGGUUGGUGCUUCUGUUCGAGAUGCUGCUUCGACACAAGACGAUCGUCAAGUGUCGAACAUAUCUGACUUUAACUUCAUCACGCGUUGCUACUUUAUCACAGCUCGCGCGAUGCACCUUGGACCAGUGGGUAUGAUAGGACAAUACAUGCGUUUACUCCGCCAACUUUCUUAUUUCCAGAGUCGUAUGAAUGCUCAGAACGCAGACCCUCGUCUGAGAGCGCACUUUGACCAGAUGGCCGCCACGAAGAUGGUUAUGGAUGCUGAACUUCUGCAUCCAGAUCUUUUGCAUGAGAUGAUGCGCUUCUCUAUGCUGACGUGUGCGGUCAUGAACUCAGUCUGUACUGGAUCGGGCGUCUAUGACGAGAGCCCGUUGCUUGAGUUGCCUCUUCCGACACCAGACACGGACACAAACGUUUCUUUGAAGUACAUGCCGGAGCAUUUGGUGGAUGACUUGUGUACAAUACUGAAGUUUGUAGCUCGACUUCAGCCUAAGGCACUAAAUGGGUUUGAGCUGAAGGAGUUACUCAAGAUGAUCAUUAUUUUCCUAUCCAGUCCAGCUUACGUGCACAGUCCUCACUUGCGUGCCAAAAUGAGCGAAGUGCUAUUCCAGAUCUUCCUGCCAUCGGAAGAGUCAGAAGAACGCGAUACGGCUGGAACUGCUUUUGGAGUUGAACUUCUAAUGACGGAUAUGCUGGCACAGCGUCAUCUUGCUCCGUGCCUUUUGGCGCUUUAUGGUGAUGUUGAGCAAACGGGCUUUUACGAGAAGCUCGAACAUCGCUAUAACAUCGCCUGCUUACUCAAAUACUUGUGGAAGCUAGAUGGUCACAAGCCAGCAUUUUUUCUUAUCGCCAAGGACAAAGAGAACUUUGUGAAGUUUGCACAUGGAUUAAUGAAUCAUAUUAACAGCCUGGUAACUGAUGCGCUUGUGGCUUUACCAGAGAUUAAGAAUUUACAAGAGGAAAUGCAGGAUGUUGCACGUUGGAUGGCGCUUGACGAAAGUGUGCGUGAGCAAAAGCAGAGCUUACUUUCAGACAAGGAGCGUACAGUCACAUCGAGCCUUCAAUUAGCCAACGAAACUAUCCACAUGAUGUCUUAUCUGACGUCUGAAAUUCAAGAGCCUUUUGUAAAGAUGCCAGAGCUCGAAGACCGUCUUGUAAGCAUGUUAAACAGCGUAAUUGUCAAGCUCGCAGGCCCGCGUGGGCUGGAGCUUAAAGUGAACAACCCGGAGCAAUAUAAGUUUCGGCCCAAGGUGAUGCUGAAGGAAAUCGUGGAGACGCUAUUGCACUUUGCACACUACCCGAGCUUCUUAGAUGCUGUGGCUACAAAUGGUUUUUAUGACGGCCAAGUAUUCCGUAAAUGUGCUCACAUUGUGGCUCGAACCCAGUUAUUGGAACCGAGCGACGUCCAGAAGUUUGAAACAUUUGUUGCAAACGUUGAGAAAGCUGCUGAGGGAGCAGCAAAUCUAGAAAAAGCGCUUGGUGAUAUUCCCGAGGAAUUUCUUGAUCCGUUGGUAUUUACACUGAUGAAAGACCCCGUGGUGCUACCGAGUGGGUAUACAAUGGAUCGGUCAUGUAUUUCUCAACAUUUACUGAAUGAUCAAAGUGAUCCGUUCACACGCGUACCUCUGACAAUGAAUCAAUUGGAGCCAAACACCAGCUUAAAGGCAAAAAUCGAGCAAUGGGUAAAUGAGCAACAGGAGAAGCAUGAUGCAAAGUAA